CAUGGAGGUUAGAAGAGGAGGUGGAUAAGAAAUGAGUUGGGGAAAGAAGCUGAAGACUUCAGGUGUACUUUUAAACCAAGAAGGGGAGCGGAGAAGAGGCCUGAGGAACAGAAAUAGAUGAGUACAGUUGAAGGAGAAGUGGAGGAGUAAAUUGGGAGGAUCUUAAGGAAUCGAAGAGAGGAUGAGUGAAGACAUAGAUGAAUGGAUCUGGAGAAAGAGGGAACGGAGAGGUCGGCCUGAACAACGGAGAUGCAGCGGAAUAAAAGAAGAUAAGAGUAACCUGGAUGACUGAUAUGGUGACCUGUGUAAGGAGUGGGAAACAGCUGGCGUGAAUGACAAGACAACAAGGACUGAUAUCUCCUCAAUGUCCACUAACCACGGUAAUAAAACGUUUAACACCGCCAAAGAAGUACUAAAUACGGGGAAGUUUCUCUGACACAGAUUAAUCGUAAUCAUGGUCUAAAAUUCUAGCUCAAGCGAGAAUCUCUAUUGAAAAUGCUUGUGAGUCCAGGAUUAGGCAUAAUCUGUGUCUGGGAAAUCUCCCAUGUAUGACUGGCCUUGUGUUGGCCAUAAUUUAGUUGAGGAAAGUAAUUUUAUUGAUCGUUUCCACAGGUUUGUGAAACGAUUUUAGUCAAGAUACUGUACGUUGUUAUUCAAGUACCCUCUAGUGGUGCAAUGUGUCUUAUUUGAGAAGAACCACAAUGUUAUUGUCAGGGUGGUGGUAUGAUUGACUAAGGCUACUUCCCGAAUGGCACCCUGGCCAAAAGUAGUGCACUAUAUAGGUAAUCUCGUUCCCAGACACUUCUGCCCAAAUGCAUGGAAGGUCUAGUGGACCAAUACGUCAAACUAGGCCUUCGUUAGCCAAUAAGAAAGACGUGAAACUCCCGGCGUGAUAGGCAUUGGCUAAAUCUACCAACCAAUCAUCUCCCACUACAGCUUCUCCCAUGUGUCUUGUGCACCUCUGUCGUAUCAGAGAGGAAGAGGCGAAGCGAAAGGUUUUAAUCCUCCCAAAAUCUCUCCACGAAAAAUAAGCCCAGAAAUUGAGUAAUUUUUGAAUGGAGGUAAAUGAGUGUCGAAUUUGGUCAACAUUUUUUUUAUUGCUAAUUUGCUACGUGAGGCUUAUUUGAUCUAAUAUAAGUCUAGUAAUGGUUAGGUUGUUAAGAAUGGCAUUUCGGCAACUUUGAAAAAAAAAAACUUUAUAUCGGAAUAGUGCCUGUUGUCAUAGAGCUAGUGGAGUCAUCAUGGACAUAACCCAUUUUAACAUGGACACUGCCCUCACCGUUUUAACAUGGACACUGCCAUUGAGGGCUUCCACAAUUCCACCAUGGGUGGGGCAUCUUCUGAGCCAAUAAAGAAGAUUGCCUCAAUGGCGCUAUAAUGGCACAGCUACAAAGAUGAGUCCUCUAUCUAGCUCUAUGGCCUGUUCACACACUUAACUCCUUUUUCAUUGGCUAGAAUGAUCCCACCUGAUCUCGCUUCCUCCCCCCUGCCUUCCAUGUAUUUCCAUUGUUGGAGUGGUAUAUCUACUAUCUUGUCAAUAUAAUAGACAAUCUUUGGUUGUAACGGUCUGAUGUCUUGGCAAUAAAGAGAUGAACUCUUAUUGGGAUAGUCCCCACCACGCGACACACAUCGACCAGAUUUUAAUGAUGUAGGCUUUCUUCUCUGUGAAGCCAUUGGCUGGCUGGCUAGCUAGCUAUGUUCUUCGCUAAUUAGCGAGCUGGAAGUUGUGUUUUUGCUAGCACACAAGUUCCUGUCCAGGUCAUGCCUCCAUUUGGAGCAACGCCUCGUGGUCAUGUGAUUCGCUAAAGUUAAAUCAUGACAAAUACUUUACUCAAUAAGUCACUCCCAUAGAAAUGUAUGAUCAUUCACACUAGGCCCACUUUGCAUCGUUGAUAUCCAAGGCUCAUAUGUGAUGUGCGCAAUAGCCUUGGGAUGAGGUUACUAUAAAUGGAAUAGGGUCCCAUUGGGGACACAGCCUAAUGUAUACCUACUAAGCUCAACUGGCCAACUGGCUGUAUUGUUAUGACUGAUUUGCUGUGUGUAACUUUGUCCCAUCUCUUUGAAUGUCUCUUGAGGAGAGGGGUGAGGGCUGUGAGCAUGAGGAGGAGAACCAGAGUGGUUGAGAGACGGCUAAAGGACAUGCCACUUAGCCAGGGACAGACCGAGUUGAAUCCUUUGCCCGUCAUCUCCACAUCGUCCGAAGAUCUGUAGGUCCUCCCCGCUCCCUCUGACCAUAUUUCCAGUGUCCAUCCUCCGUGCGCACAUCCCCGCUCCCACACCGUCUCAAUGAAGGAGGCCGACGCAAUCAAGCUCUUCAUUGGGCAGAUACCCCGAAAUCUUGAGGAGAAGGACUUGAAACCGAUCUUCGAACAGUUCGGGAAAAUCUAUGAGUUGACAGUGAUAAAGGACAAAUACACGGGGAUGCACAAAGGCUGUGCCUUCUUGACAUACUGCGAACGAGAGUCUGCCCUCAAGGCCCAGAAUGCACUGCACGAGCAGAAGACGCUACCAGGGAUGAACCGGCCCAUUCAAGUGAAGCCAGCAGACAGCGAGGGCAGGGGAGAAGACAGGAAGCUGUUUGUGGGCAUGCUGGGGAAGCAGCAGUCUGAUGCGGACGUGAGGAAGAUGUUUGAGGCGUUUGGGAACAUUGAAGAGUGCACUGUGCUCCGCGGCCCUGACGGCACUAGCAAAGGCUGUGCCUUUGUGAAGUACCAGAACAACGCAGAGGCUGCGGCAGCCAUCAGCACUCUGCAUGGGAGCCGCACUCUACCGGGUGCCUCUUCCAGCCUGGUGGUGAAGUUCGCCGACUCUGAGAAGGAGCGAGGGAUAAGGCGCAUGCAGCAGGUGGCGUCCCAGCUGGGGGUCAUCAGUCCCAUGACCUUACACCUCGGGGCUUACAAUGCCUACACGCAGGCACUGGUGCAGCAGCAGGCUCUGGUGGCGCAGUCGGCGUACUUGUCUCCUGUGUCCACCAUCACCAUGCAGCAGUUGGCUGCCCUCAACCCGAGCAGCCUCAUUGCCACGCCCAUCGCAUCACUCACUACCUCCUCAGGUACCAGCACUCCGCCCACCAUGGCAGCCACACCGGUGCCUGCUCUGCCUCCACCACUCAGCUACCCUCCAGUCCCAGCUCCACCCAAUGGACAGUCAGCGUCUGAAACCCUGUACACCAAUGGAGUUCAUUCUUACCAAGCUCAAACUCCAGUGUUGGAUCCUCUUCAACAAGCAUACGCAGGGAUGCAACACUACACAGGUGGGACAGUUGUGAGUCCAUUUGAGUCCUUAAAAUUUCCUGGAGGGAAUUUUAGGUUUGAAAUGCCCUCUCAACAGUCCUUAAUGUUUACUUAUGCAAACACACCCACAGCAACCUACCCUUCUGCCUAUGGAAUGGUGGGGCAGCCAUUCCCACACCAACACACAAUGGUUGCACAGCAACACCAGCAGCCUCAGCAACUGCAGCAACGAGAAGGGCCUGAGGGCUGUAACAUCUUCAUCUAUCACCUGCCUCAGGAGUUCACUGACUCUGAGAUGCUACAAAUGUUCAUCCCCUUCGGCCACGUCAUCUCAGCAAAGGUCUUUGUUGACCGUGCCACCAAUCAGAGCAAGUGCUUUGGUUUUGUGAGUUUUGACAACCCGUCCAGUGCUCAGACGGCAAUUCAGGCCAUGAAUGGUUUCCAGAUUGGCAUGAAGAGGCUCAAGGUGCAGCUCAAGAGGCCCAAGGAUGCCAACCGACCCUACUAAAUGAGCAAGGAAGAUGAGAAGGGAAGAUAUAAGAGUUCUAUCAAGAAACUGCUUGGGACGUUCCAGCCUUUUGGUUGUUUCGCCAACCGUAUAGCACAGGAGCAACAACACUUCUCCAAAAAAUAUGAUAAAUAUAUGUAUCUGCAACAAUAACACAAUCUGUAACAACAAAAUAACAAACGUGUGGUGGGUGGUUGAGUACACAUACCAUUCCACAGCUGGAUUCAGUCAUAUUAUGUACAUACUGUAUUGUCAGCUACAAGGUCUACAUGAAAAAGCAUAUCACUUAUUCUAAUGAACAGGGUUUUACUGUAUAGUGUGGUUUGUGGUCCAUAAAGUAAGGGGGAAGGGCAAUGUAUGGGGUUGAAGAAGUGGGAUGGUAACCUUGUCGGGGGAAAAAAAAAAAUAUUCUGUAUGAUUUCCAUUGGUCGAAUUGGUAUGUAGAUUUAGUUUAUUAUUUAAAAGUAAAUGAAAGAAGGGGUAAUUAAACAGGAAGAAAAUCAACUUCUUCUCACUGUACAUAUCUUUGUUUUAAAUGAGUCAAAUAAUGAAAAUGUGUUAUUAUAACCACUACUACUGGUAUUGGCAUAAUGGUGGGAGGGAGGGUAAUUGGGUGGAAUUUUUGUAUCUACAUUUUUUACUUUUAAUUUAUUUGUUAAUGGGGAUUUUUUUUUUUUUUUUUUUUGAACAUAGAAGAAUCCUGUGGUCUACAAGACUAUGGAUAAACUUAUUGUAGAAUGUUUAAUUACAUAAAUGUAAUUAUCAAAAAAUCAUUGUUUAAUUAUUUAUUCCCUACAAUUGCUGUUUUAAAACAUGUCUUUAAGAAAAAUAAAGUAAAAUUUAGAAAAGGA